AUGUCGUCGCGAGCUUUACGCAAGGCCCAGCGAGAGCGCGAAGAGCAGGAACGGGCUCAGAAGCUGGAAGCAGAGGAGCAAGAGGAGAGCGAAGAAGAGAAUAAUGUCGCUACGCCAGCUGUGAGGAAAAGUGCGUUUGCACUGUUGGGAGAAGAGGAAGAAGAAGAGGAAGAGGAUGGCGAGGACGGCGAAGUUUCAAUAAGAGACAGUCACGUCUCUGACCAAAGUACAACCACCACCCACGAGGUGUCAAACUCCAAAAAGAAGAAAAAGAAAAAGAAGAAACCCAAGGCGACGAAUACAAUACCUCCGCCAUCACAGGAUGAAGAACUCGACGAAAUCGACAAGGCUCUCAAACAACUCUCCACCAAUGGCAACAGCUCCUUAUCUGGAUCCACGCAUGCUGGCAUUGAUGCAUCUACCGAAGAAACUGGCCAGCUUCUCGCCAUCGACACCAACCAUCUCCACUCCCAAAACGAAAUGCGACAUCUCUUUGGACGCACAGCCCUCGAGAAUCAGGAUGACGACGCACCUGCCCCUGAAGCGGCAAAUGUAGGUGGCAACAGGCGGCAGCAGAGGAGAGUGCAACAGCUGGGUCUCGCCGAAGCUUUACGCAGACAACCAGGACAAGGGGGUCGGUCGAGCGGUCUCACGGCAGCUGCUUUACGCAGGAAUAUCUUCAUCCAAGGCAAAGAAGAGUGGCCUGUCGCCCCUGGCGGCGGACUGGUGAUGGAAAUUGAGGAAAAGAGAGCCGAUGGCACCAUCCUCUACCGCUUCACACACAACCGCUUCUACCAGGACGUUCAAGCGCAGUUCCAAAUGGCCGUUGAAUCCAUGGAUCCCCAACGUCUCGUGACUUUGCUCCAACAUAACCCAUUCCACAUCUCUACGCUCCUCCAGGUCUCCGAAAUUGCAAAGCAAGAAGGCGAUCACGCCACAUCUGGCGACCUCCUCUCCCGUGCUCUCUUCUCAUUCGGCAGAUCUGUGCACAGCACCUUUGCGAAGACAUUAGCAGCCGGCAAAGCUCGACUGGACUUUCGACGGAUGGAGAACAGAGAGUUCUGGCUUGCGAGUUGGCGAUAUAUGCAGAAUCUGUCUAGACGUGCUUUGUGGCGGACGGUCUACGAGUGGAGUAGACUCCUACUGUCCCUCGCACCGGAAGAUGAUCCCUACGGAAUGCUGUGGGUAUGGGAUCAGUACGCUUUACGAGCCAGAGAGGAUCUAGAUUUCCUGAAUACUGCUCGCAGCUCAGUUUUCAAGGAGCGAGUGAAGACCCUUCCGAACGUUCAAAUCAGCCAAGGGCUUGCCGAAUAUCGUGCAGGGAAUAAAGGCAAAGGGCAGCAGGCACUUUUCAGCGCCUUUGGUCGAUUUCCCUGGGUUGUGGCGAGGUUGAUGCACGAGCUGGAUAUACAGCCACCGCCUGGCAUAUGGGGCAAAGAACCAAGGACGGACAAGGAGAAGCUGGAUUGCGAACUCUACGCGACUAGAGCCAAGGAUAUCUGGAAGACACCGGAAAACUCCGCUCUCCUGCUUGAGAUCGCUUCAGCUUUACCUCCUGAUACUCCACCGGCGAAGAUCGAUGACACGCCAAUCGAGGAAAACCUAGCGAGGCAUGUACUUCUCUCGGACACGCCUGCGUUGAUUGCGUUGAUUCCCAGACGCUACACCACUGCACUGCAGUCGUCUUCCGACCCUCUCCCUCCGCAAGAU